AUGGCUUUCAAGACUCUCUCUAUCGCUGCUCUCCUCGCUGCCCAUGUGCACGCUCAGUCCGUUGACCCUGGCGUCGGUGCGAACCCCAAAGCCGAGGGUUCAACCAAGGAAGUGACCGCUGACAGCGGACCCAACGGCUCCCAAGAAUGGCUCAACACCGGCAUCGCCACCUCCGGCUGGACUCCUCCCUUCCUCUCCCUCUCCGACAUUUACACCAUCAGCCUCUCGGACUUCUACACCGGCAUCGGCUCCCCCUGCGCCCAAUACGAUGAAUAUUUCCAAUCCAGUGCCAACAAAUACAACAUCGACCCGGUCAUCCUCGCUGUCCUCGCCAUGCAGGAAUCAUCCUGUAAUGCCGACGCCGGCGGUCCCACCCCCGGCUUGAUGCAGGUCGACUGCGCGAACUAUCCCAACGGGGAAUGUACAGACGACGUGCAGGAUAAUGUCGAUGCUGGAGCUAACUACCUGACGAGUCAGAUUGAGGAGUCUGGUGGGAAUGCCAUCCAGGCGUUUGGGAAAUAUAAUGGGUGGUUUGUCAAGGGGAGUGGGUUGAAUGGGGAUCAAGGGUUGACAGAGGGGUAUCCGUGCUCUGAUGAGGGGAAGAGUAAUGGGGUUCCUCAGAAUCUGGAUUAUUUGCAUCAGGUUCUUAAUGGGUGGUUGCUUGGUUUGGAUGUUUAUGGGGAUGAUAGUUGGGUGGGGACGUAUCAUUGUGAUCAGUCUUGUGGGAAUAAUGUUUGUUAG